CAUCGCUAGCUGGAAUUCGAGCGGGGAAGUGACGCUUUCUUCCAAAGUCAUUCCCCAUCCGUAUCCGCCGGAACACAGAACUUCGCGCAAUUGGAGUCCCUUGAUGUCAGUCAACAGCAGCUUUGCCACCACCUCUCCUGAUUCUCUUCUCUGCUGCACUUGGCGACCAUAUCGGCCGUCAGGGAAAGAAAUGCCAACGGGAUGAGGGGAUCGUAGGCCAUGUAAAUACAAAAUGUAAUAUGUUUACGAGUUCAUCGACACAUUGACGCGCAGUUUGCUUUUCGAUUACCGCAGUUAUGGUCCCAAUCGUAUCCCGUCCGUGUGUUUUAUCCACCACCGUCUCUAGCCUCGGGAAAAUGUACCCGACUAUUCUUGAUAGCAUUUUUUUCGCAAACAAAAGAAGACACCCGAAAACACAAUAAAAGAGCACGACAGAAGGAUCGAUAGUCAGAUGUUCUUCCACUGAAGCACAAGAUGCUCUUUGGAUCAUUCUCAAAUCAUGCUGAGGAACAUGAUCAUCAGGUUUGACAGACUUAUGGAGUUCAUGCAGCUUGAGUACUGCUGUCAUUGAAGUAAUGCAUCCAGGUGCCUCCACCUCAUGGAGAAGGUUGGCAAGGUGUGGAGCAACCUUAAGAAGGGAUGUCAAUCUCUGCUCCACACAGAUGGGGGUUCUCGCAUUGAAACGCCACCACAGCUUCAACCGCAAACAGACACGGUAUGCCAGAGUGUGGACAAGGCCCAGGGAGACAGCACGUUGGAGGCUGCUAGUCCCUCUAGCGGUGUGGCGGCACUCCCUCUAGUGGCAUGGAGGACCGGUGGGAGUGUUACACGACAGGGCCAUAACUGUGUAGUAGAUGUACCCCAGAUACUAGAGAUCACAGUUGAGCAGGAUAACGAAGAUGCUCGUGCUCCCUUGGGAGCCCGCAGAGACUCUUACUCGCGUCAUGCACCUUGGAGUGGAAAGAAGAGACACUCAUGUUCCACUAAGGCUCAGAGUUCUCUGGAGACCACAGAUCGGCGAUCGGGCCGGUCUCGGCGCAGACAUGGGACUGGUAGCAGCCGUGAAGAGCUGGAGUCAGGGGCAGCACGCUCCCUACGGCAACAGAUUCAUGAUACAGUGGGCCUGUGCCUCCCACUGCGCUCAUCCUCUCGGAACACUCACCUUCCACCACCCAAACGUAAGAUACAAAUCACAGAGCUGAUGCUGGAGACGUGCCCCUUCGCACCAGGAUCAGACCUUGCCCGAAAAUGGCACCUCAUUAAACAGCACACAGCACCAGUCACAGUGACAUCAGUAGAUUCAUCCUCAGAUGCUUGCGGUGCUACCUGUGCAUCGCCGGAAGAUGAGGAAGAGCGCUUGAGAGAGAGAAGACGACUCAGCAUCGAGGAGGGUGUUGACCCACCUCCAGAUGCCCAAAUCCACACAUUAGAGGCUAUCACAGCCCCUCUGGCUUCCCUUUAUAAACUGGGACCUAAGUUGGCCCCUGGAAUGAGUGAGACCCUAGGUGAUAGUCGGGGGGCAACAGCAGCUAGCUGUGACUCUGAGGAUGACGAUACCACCACUCUUUGCUUGCAAGCUCGCAGGCCCAAGCAGCGACACGCUUCGGCGGAGGGCCUCCUGAGCAGCAAGCAACAGGGGCCUUGGAAGGUGCACACUCAGAUUGACUACAUCCACUGCUUGGUUCCAGAUCUGCUACAGAUCACAGCACUUCCCUGCUACUGGGGUGUGAUGGACCGUUAUGAGGCUGAAGCGCUGCUGGAUGGUCGGCCCGAGGGAACCUUUCUCCUGCGAGACUCGGCUCAAGAAGACUACCUGUUUUCCGUUAGCUUCCGGCGCUAUGGCCGUUCACUGCACGCACGCAUCGAGCAGUGGAAUCACAACUUCAGCUUUGAUGCACACGACCCUUGUGUGUUCCAUGCAGCCACCGUCACGGCACUCUUGGAACACUACAAGGACCCUAGUGCUUGCAUGUUCUUUGAGCCAUUGCUCACCGUGCCUCUCCACCGGACCUUCCCAUUUGGCCUGCAAAGCCUGGCUCGAUCAGCCAUUUGCAAUGGGAUCACCUACGAUGGCAUCGGGGCACUGACACUGCCCCCUGCUCUGCAGGACUACCUCAGGGAGUAUCACUAUAAGCAGAGGGUGCGCGUACGCUGGCUUGAGAGGGAGCCAGUCAAGGCCAAGUGAGGCAGGGCAGAUACUUCUCAGCUCUCCAGCAGGAGUAGUCCAUUCAGCACUUUGCAGAGGUGGAGGAAUUACAGUUGUUUUUUGUUUUCAUUUUUUUGUGGGGGGAAGGGGUUGGAUGUUCGGGGUUAAAAGGAGGGACCUGUAACUGAACACUAUAUAAGCUUCUAUCAUUUUUUGUUAUCACUCUAACAAACAAAGAAAUUACAUAUACAGUGGCUCUCCAAUGUACACAUUUCACUAUAGCUUCUGGACUAGGAAGAAGCAGCAGAGGUCUUAGUCUAAUUUUCCCUUCUCCCUCAGUUCCCAUGGCUGUGGGGGAAAUCUGCAGAUACAGAUAUUUUCAUGCCCCUCCACUUAUUCACUGUUUGACUAUGUGGUUUAUAGCCAUUUCACUUUAUUCGUGUUGUACCGUUCACCUGCCCUUAAUUCCCUUGCAUUAAAUUUGCAUUGUUAAUGCUUAUUCAAAGUAGCAUUGUGGACAAAUUUUGAGGGGAGGGGAAAUGAAGGGUGAUUUUCAAAUAUUGCUUUCCCAGCUUCUUUCAUCAUCCUUAGCUUUCAUGGUGCUCAGUGGUUCCUAUGGUAACAUUCUGUGCUCAUUCCGUCAUUAAAGGAGGAGGCAUUCUAGAGCAGGACACAGAAAGGCUUUCACCCUGCUCAGUGAGAACGAGACUGAGAAAUCCAUGAAAGAUGGAUUGACCUUAAACCAUGUGUCCAGAGAGCUUUUGGGAAUGUGUUGCAGUGGAGAGAAUGGUUCUGUGGCAUUCUGCUUCCAGGAAGCGCUAAGGAUGAUGUGUACAACGUGAUGCGGUGUGAUGUGAGAGCGCUUGGUUUUCAAAAAACAUAGUUACUCACACUCUGCGUUCUGUUGCUGUCAGUAUGUUUUGUAAUCAUUAAUUCCUACCACUAAUUGCACAGGGGGGGUGACUAAUUCUGUAUCGUCUUUUUUUGUGUUGAUUUGAAUGGUCUGUCAGUGCCCUGGAAGUUGGGCGCUGAUUGAGAGCACUUUAACUUAACUGUGCUUAUGUUAGUGGGUGAAGCAGAGGCAAUACAUAAACCUACUACACUGGGACCAUUGUUUUAGGCAUAAACACCCUCCUAUAUAGGAAUAAACACUCUACACUCACUUUGUCUAGCCCACAUUGUUCUAGAGAGGACAGAGUAAGUUUUGAGGUGACCCCAUCAGUGCCAUUGGAUUUGGGUCAAGCUGGCUUGUUUAGCUUGAUUUUGGGAUGAUUUAAUAAUUGACUAAAAGGGAUAGUUCACCCAAAUAUGUCACCAUCAUGUCGUUCCAAACCCGUAAGACUUCCAUUCAUCUUCAGAACACAGAUAAAGGUUUUUUUGGGAUGAAAUCUGAGCGCUUUCUGAUCCUUUUUAAAGAUGGUCCCUACUACCUUUCUGGGCCUUGAACAUGGUAGUUGUGUUGCUGUCUUUGCAGGAAAGCUCAGAAAGCUCUCGGAUUUCAUCAAAAAUUUGUGUUCCGAAGAUGAACGCAGGUCUUACAGGUUUGGAACGACGUGAGGGUGAGUAAUUAAUGACAGAAUUUUCAUUUUUUGAUUGAACUAUCCCUUUAAUGAUCUGUAGUCCAUUUUUCAGGUUCUUUUUUGAAAGCAACUAGGAGUAACGUUCAGGAUUUAAAAAUAAUAGAGUAUAAUGACAUUAUUGGCCCCUAGGCCAAGACCAGCUUCUUUAUCAAUUUAGAAUCAGCCAUAUCUGCACUUGAAUUUCUUUGACUAAAAUGAGGGAUUUCAAAUGCCACAGGUGUUUUUGAUGAAUGUGGGAAAAAGGAAAAGACAGAUUUCUAACUCUCAUGCCGUUUGCCCCAUCGAGACCUAAAUCACUUAAGCAGUGUGCCUUCAUACAUCUAAAGCUUUUAGUUCAUCAUAUGGUGCAUUCAGUGGAUGUUACUAACAGUGGUCCGAUUGGAAAAGACAUUUUUUCCAAUGACAGUUCCUGCACUGUGAGACAUCCUCUUCAUGGGCCUGGUGCUGAUGUAUGAUGUAUUUUGAGUACUGCUAGGGAUAUGACUAUUGAUUCCCACAUCUUUCUGACUUGUUUUCAAUUGAUGAGAUCAGGUAGAACUGCCAAAUGCUCAGCUCAGGCUCGCAACACCUAAACAGCAGUGUGGUACCGUGCGACUAUAACCAGCUUUGUGUGCUUGUGUGAGUGUGUUGCACUGCACCUGACCUCCCUUGUCAACCGCAAGAGACUUCUGCUGACAUGAAAAUUUUUACGUUAUCCGUUCCUCCCAGGUAACACUAAUCCACAGUCUAUCCUGAUGCAUUUAAAGUCGUCUUCCUGCACGUUAUCCCAUUGAGUCUUUUCCUUGCACAAGAAAGGAUGUCAGGGUCAUCCUGAAAAGAAUUCAAAGACCUGAGGAGGGAACUUUGGGGCGACGGUGACUCGCCACUGUGUGGUUUGUUCCCCCUCACCUCCUCUCUUUCUGUAAGGUGUGGGUGAAAUUAGUGCAAUUUAGACUGAUCCUUGGCAUAGUUGGAGGUUGUGAAGCAGGUUUCAGGUUGACAUGGCAUCUGAAGGGGCCAGCUGUCCUGCUUACCGUUCACCUGUAAAAGUGUCAUGCUUGGCUUCGCUCCAGACACUCCUCGCUGCACUAACUCAUGUACCUACCUAUACCUGUGUGUACCAAUUUUCAUCAGGGGUGGAACAUUUGCUCAGUCAGAUGGGGGCAGAGAUGGGGUCCUGGUGCCUCUUCUCUCUCCCCCAGGUUUCCCUAGUUUUACUAAAGACUUAAUGGAUUAAAAUAGAUGUCUAUCUAUCUAUCUAUAUAUAUAUAUAUAUAUAUAUAUAUAUAUUGAUACAGAUUUUAAAAUGAAAUAUUUUUUAAUAUUAGUAACUGUAAAGAAAAUGCAAUAAUGUUCUUGGGCUUAGCUCUAAUGGUGACCCAUGUGAAAACUGAUGUGAAUUGUCUGAGAAGUCGGUCUCCUUUGAAAUUGUCUUCAGGUUAGGAUCAUUAUGUUCACAUCAUAAGAAAAAUGGACGUGGUGCAAUGUGUCAUAAAGGUAUGAGAGGGAAACUAUAGAUUAAUGUGACCAAAGGUUUAAGUUUGGUGAAAAAGUGUCAAUGCGAUUGCUUUUAGAUACCAUCCUCACAAAAUGAUUACAAAAAUGUUCUAAGGGUAAACAUUUUCAAAGUUAAAAAGGGCCUUGUUUAAGACCCCAAAGGUGCUAAUUGGCUCACUGUAUGGAUUUAUUAACUUUCAGAAGUGCCUUUUCUUAAAUUUUCUUACCCUUUCUUCAAGGUCCCUGGUCUGGAUAACUUGCAUGUUGCAGCAAAUUAAAGCAAAAUUCCCUGUUGUAGAAAAUGCAACAAAACAUAUGCAUUAGUUUUAUUUGUUUUUAUACAAGUGUGUAGUUGUGUGCCACAAGAAAGUUGAAAAUAUCUCAAAUAAUUAGCCUGCACAAAACUUUUAAUCCCCCAUAUUUUAGUACCCAAUUUAAAGUUUGGAUUUGCUAUCAGAACAAUGCAGUUAAACAUGAUUCUGAAAUAUUUAUAGACCAUCAGGUGUAUGAUUGACUCAAGAGAUCAGUCAGCAUGAAUGGAGACUUUAUCACAAAUCACAAAGCAAGAUGAAAGGUCAUGAUUCUCAGAUGUGAUACCAAGGCUUAGAUUGGCUCACACGAUAUACACCUGUCAAUAAGCUGGUGUAGCUGGAAGUCGAUGUUAAAAUAUUAGAGAAAAAAUCAUUUUGUGUGCAGAGCCUUGCACAUUACCAACAGGAAAGGUUUUCUGUUCAAUAUUAUUUGAUAUGUUUCUGUAUACAAACUAUAGGGAGGUUGUGUUCGACAAUGUUUAGACAGAAAUAAAAGACUGACUUGGCUGUCUGACUUGUAUUAAAUUCUGGUGAAUCCGUUUCAGAUUCAAUAAAUCACAAGCAUCAUCAUGGUAACUAUGUUACUGUAAAGCUCUAUAUGCACAUUUGUUUUAGAGAAAGGGGCUGAAGGUGAGGUUUAGGACUGGGAUGACUUCUGCGCCACCCAUGACCUGCCUCUGUAUUUCUGAUUGGACCCUUGGGACUAGCCCCUCAAAACACUUGCUGAAACACGCACCAUGGAUUAUCUGGAGUGACGUGGUUAUCACUGUCUCUUACCAUCUUAUGUUUCAAUUAUUAUUUUUUUAUACACUGCCCAAGGUUUGUACUGUAUGAUGUAAUUACUCGCACUUGAUGUCCUUUCUCUUAUCUUUCCUUCAUUCUCUCCAAUGUACAGUUAAUGGUCCCUACUCCCAGGCUGUUACUAAGUUGCUCUGUUGUAUUUUGUUUGACUUUGGGUUACAGUUUGCUGUUUUUGGGGGGCAGAGGGUUGCAGCUCCGCAUGCCCCUCUUUCACCAGUACCUGUCACUCUUGGUGCUCUUGGCUUAUGCUUUUUUGUCUUAAUAUUCAAAAAUAAAAGUGUUGUACGUGUAA